AUGGAAUAACAAAAAAAUCAAAUUGAUUAAAACUUUGCCAAAGUAGAAAUUAAUCCAUUUACAACACAAGAAAUGCUAAUUUAGUAAAUGGAAUAAUUUUUAAACCAAGAAGAAAUUUAAUUAGCUAUAUUCAAAAGAAGCGAUUGCAAUAUAAUACUUGAAAAUAUUCUUUAGAAGUUAAAAAAAUUGAAUAAUUUGAAUAUUUUUAAAAUAACACUUUAGAAUUUCAGAGAAAUUGAUUUUGAUCAUUUGUUUUCUCAUACUUCAAAUAUAAGAAGUAUUCGUGAACUUGAUAUUACAUUAUUUAAAGACAUUUAACAAUUCAAACCCAUAUCUCAUAAUGCAGGUCACUAUUUAUGUCAAUUAAAUGAUCUAUAGAUUCUAAAUUUAUAGAUGAAUUUAAAAAGAUUUUAGUAUAGCGAAUAAACUUUUAACUUUUACGAAGUUUAUUAAAAAUGUAAUAAACUUAAAAAAUUAGAUUUUACAAUUAAAAGUUCAAACUAUAAUACUUUUAUAUUUGAGUCACUUUUAGAUGGGAUUAGACUCAUUUUAAAUUUAGAAAAAUUAAAUAUUCGUGUUUAUGGAAAACUAUGCUAUAAUUCUUUAUUCAAUAAGUUAUAUAAUGAAUUAAAAGAUUUAAAAAAUAUUAAAAGUUUAGAAUUAAGCUUUAUUUGGUCAUAUGGAGCUAAAUUUUAGGAAUUUAAAAAUUUGUUCUAAUAAUUGUCCAAGAUUUCAAGUCUUGAGAGCAUAAAAAUAAGCAUAGCAUUAAAUAUCUAAGAAGUAUAACAAGAUGACUAAUACGAUGAUUUAAAAAAAAUUAUGAGUGAAUUCUAAAGCUUAAAAAAAUUAAAUUUCAAUUUAUGCUAUUGCAAAAACAUCAAUCUUAUCAAAAUGCUUGAGUCAAUAGCUUCUCUACCAAACGUAGAAGAGACUACAAUUGAUUUUUAUGUAAAUGAGACAUCUUCAUUUUAAAAUAAUUUAUCAAAUCUUGUAAAAGCUCUUUGCAGUGUGCAGAGUUUAAUAGCAUUAAACAUUUACUUUUCAAGUAUUAUUGAAAUAAAUUUUGAACAAUAUUUGAAUUUAAUAAGUGAAUUAAAGAACUUAUAGAAAUUAAAAAAGUUGACUCUAUACUCAUAAAUGAAUAGAAAUUAAAAAACUAUUCCACAUUUGAAUUUUGAUGAUUUGAUUGAGACAGCAAUACAUUUUUGA